AUGGCGGGAGAGCUCCACGCUUCGGCACAGACCCAGGAGUCCAUCUUCUCUGCGAGUUACUGGAGGCAGCUCUGCCCGGAACUACAUGUCGAGGACAAGAGCUUCCAGGCCGAAGUUCUCGCGCGGGAUGGUCGAUCCGUUGCAGCCGUGUCGGACUGCCGUGAGGUGCGGGCCCGCAUCCUGGAGGAGGGCUUUGCCGCUCUCUCCCCGGCCCAGCUGUCGUGGACGGCGCCUGUGGGCCGCCUUGCUCAGGGCGUGCUGCAGCUGGAGCAGCACGGCUGGCCGGCCACGUUCAUUGCGCUCUACGACGAAGCUUGGGCCAUGGCGAGGGACGCCGGCGCAGUGAUGCGAGAAGCCACCGGCAACAGCCUGUGCAUGGACGUGGUGGGUUUCCUGGUGCGCCCGUCGCAGACGAAGGGCUUCUCUCCCCACCGCGACAGGCAGCCCGAGGACUGGACCCCAAAGGGCGUACCGCCUGAGACGUCGGCCACUUUCAAGGCAGACGGCAUGGCCAAGUACGUGACGCUCUGGGCAGCACUCACGGAUGCCACACCUGAGAACUCCUGCCUGCACUUCGUACCCCGCUCCUCUGAUCCGGGCUACUCUGCAGGAGAUCCGGAUGAUGGAGACCCGAUGCUGCGAAUCUUCCAAGACAAGGCCGCCUUUCAAAGCAUCCGCAGUGCUCCCGUCGCUGCCGGAGGUUGCACCUUUCACACGCACCGCACCAUCCACUGGGGCUCCAAGGGCCGCCGCCACGGGGCGACGGAGCCUCGGAUCGCCCUCUCCUUCGGCUUCAGCACCGAGGAUUUCGAACCGCCGUACUUCUCCCCGAAGGCGCUUCCGUUUCCGGAGCUUCGCCUUCGGGCAGCACUGGCAUCCGCCCAGGUCCUCAACUACGCCACUCUUGCUGUGGGAGAUCGCGAGGGCUGGAGCGCACUGGCAGGCGAGAUGGCGGGCUGCGGGACCGCAACCCUUCGACUUCUCCACCGAGUCUUUCAGAGCCAAGUGAAGCGCUUCCACCCGACCUACAGGAAGGAGAUCGCGACAAAGUUCGUUUCUGUCUCCUUGAACCUGCAGCCAGAAGGCCAGGCGCAAGAUGCUCCGACCAAGCAUGCCAACGAGGAAGCCGCUGCCCCUCAGGACAAAGGUCCGCGGCAGCCGAAGCGGCAGCGUGCUAUCGCGGAGGUCGACAGCGAUGACGACGAUGCACUGAUGGCCAUGCUGGAGGCCGAGGCCUCCACGGGCGAGGUCCUGUUCCACGACGACUUCGACCUCUUGAAUGCUGCCGAGGGUGGCAGCGCAGCCGCCCAUGCCACCCCCAAGGUGACGCGCAAGAAGAAGGCACUUGGCAAGAAGAAGUCCCGACGCUUACAACUCUGGAGCUAUGAUGUCCUGGGUCUCCAGAAGCUGCGGGCGGCCGCCAAGUUGUAG